AUGGAUUUAGUCGACCUUUACCUCCCAGAGUGUUUCACCUACCACUCUGACACAGAACUUCUGGGCAGGAUGUCAGUGAGGGGCUUGGACCCCACCUGUCCCUCCUCCAUAAAGCGUGAACCCUCCAGCCCCAGCCCCAGCUCUCAGGGUGACAUCAGUCCAGCACAGCCCAGUCCCGGAAGCUCUUCCUCAGACACAAACUCCAGCUAUGGGCCCCUGAUGAAGGCCCAUGGUCUCAGUAACGGGCUGGACUCACCAGGCCUCUAUGGACACCCAGCAGUGUUGGCCAACAAUGGAGGAACUAACAGGAGGUUUGGAGAGGAAGAAGGACAAGUGAAGUGUGAAUUCAUGCUGGGCUCAGUGGCCAAGCGGCUGUGUCUGGUGUGCGGUGACGUGGCCUCAGGGUACCACUACGGUGUCGCUUCCUGUGAGGCCUGCAAGGCCUUCUUCAAGAGGACCAUCCAGGGUAAUAUUGAGUACAGCUGCCCAGCGUCCAAUGAAUGUGAAAUCACCAAGAGAAGGAGGAAGUCCUGCCAGGCCUGUCGAUUUGUGAAAUGUCUGGCUGUGGGGAUGUUGAGAGAGGGUGUGCGUCUGGACCGGGUUCGGGGCGGCAGACAGAAGUAUAAGAGGAGAAUUGAUGCUGAGAACAGCCCAUAUCUGCACCCACAGAACACCUUACCCCAGAAGAAAACAUAUUCUGUUGGUGGUGUGGUAGAGAACAAGGUGGUGUCUUUGCUCCUGGUGGCCGAACCAGAGGGCAUCUUUGCCAUGCCGGAUCCCACUGUGCCCGAGAGUGACAUCAAGGCUCUGACCACACUGUGUGACCUGGCCGACAGAGAGCUGGUGGUCAACAUUGGCUGGGCCAAACACAUCCCAGGCUUCCCCUCUCUCUCACUGGCAGACCAGAUGAGUCUCCUGCAGAGCGGCUGGAUGGAGAUUUUGAUCCUGCGAGUGGUGUUCCGCUCACUGGCGUUGGAAGACAAGCUGGUGUACGCCGAGGAUUACAUCAUGGAUGAGGAGCAGUCAAAGCUGGCAGGGCUGCUGGACCUCAACAAUGCCAUCCUGCAGCUGGUGAAGAAGUACAAGACCAUGGGGCUGGAGAAGGAGGAGUUUGUGGUCCUCAAAGCGAUCGCUCUUGCUAACUCAGACUCCAUGCAAAUUGAGGACUCAGAGGCAGUUCAGAGACUCCAGGAUGUCCUUCAUGGGGCCUUACAGGACUAUGAGGUCAAACAGCACCCAGAGGACCCUCGGCGAGCUGGCAAACUGAUCAUGACCCUUCCUCUCCUCCGUCAGACGGCUGCUCGUGCUGUCCAGCAUUUCUGCAGUAUCAAACAGGAUGGCCGCGUGCCUAUGCACAAACUGUUCCUUGAACUUUUGGAGGCUAAAGCCUGA